CAUAGGUUCAUAAUAUUAUGGGGAAGUAGACAUGCUGAAUGGAGGAAACUUGCGAAAAAAACAAGAAGGAAACGUAUAAGACAAAAAUUUGCUAGGCUCAGAGAUGAGGAAAAAGCUGAAGAAUGCAUUAGAAUUGCUAAUUCACCUACUCACCAAUGUUACUUAGCAGAACAAGCAAUCAGGGAAGAAAUCCUAGCAGAAGAAAAUGCUAAAAAAUCCAAGGACAGGGAACUCGAAUGGUUGAGAGUAGAAGUGGAAGCCCAAAGGCAAUUCCAAGAAUUGCAGAAGAAGUUGGCUCAAGCAAGAGAAGAAAGGACUAAACAGAAUGAGCAAAUAAAAGCAGAGUGGGAGAAAGAACAACUGAGGCAGAAAGAGGCAAGGGAAAAAGAAGAACAAGAACAUGAAGAACAGUUGAGACAACAGGAAUUAUUGAAUCAGAAAGUUGAAGACUUCCUUGAAUUAGGAGGGGAUACACCAGAACAUUUGAAAACUAUUUUGGAGACUAACCCCAACAGAACAAUUUGUCCUUUUUUCCAGAAAACAUCAACUUGUAGAUUCUUUGAUGUUUGCUCUAGAAAUCACAUACGUCCUGGUAUUAGUAGAAUCAUUCUAAUUCCAAACUUCUUCUCUCACUACAGUUUAGAGAAAGGAGAGGAACAUGGCAGUGAUUCUGGUCUUGAGUUUGAAAGUCAUGAGACAUACAAACAAUUUCGGGAAUUCUUCAAUGAUGUUGUUCCAGAACUAGAACAAUAUGGCAAAAUUAAAUUCUUUUUCACUUGUUGCAAUCAUGAGACACAUUUGAGAGGCAAUGUUUUCAUUGAAUUUGCAUAUACCAGAGCUGCUCUAAAAUGCUACAGGGGCCUUAAUGGGAGAUGGUAUGGUGGGAAGCAACUCAGUGUGCAGUUUGCAAGGGUGAAUAAUUGGAAGUCUGCAAUUUGUGGUAAGGGUGAACCUUCUUUUUGUUAUAUAGAAUAUUUGACAAAAUCUCUGUUUCAAAAUAAUUGCAUGAAGGGAACCUCAUGCAUAGUCCUCUUAACUCAUUUUAUCUUAGGACUCUUCAACUCCCAACGAUGCCCUAAAGGAAAUAGCUGUAAUUUUCUGCAUGUAUUCAGGAAUCCCAAAAACUCUUAUGGUUAUGAAGAACAAAGGCAUUGGAACAGUGAUCAUGGAAAGAGCAAAGUUCAUUCAACUUCACAUAGCUGGAGAUGGUCAGAGUCUCCUAACCAAACAUCACUUCAAAAGUCUGAAUGGGAAAGUGAUGAAGAAAGUAAUUAUAAGUUGAAAUAUAAUCACAGAUCACACAGAAGGCGAAGUAGAUCAAGAGAUAUAGGAAAUGGGUUGUCUAAAAGAUCAGUUUCUCCUACACACAAAACCAGUAAGAGUUCCAGAUCUAGGAAGUCAGAAAGGAAGAAAAGAAGCCACCCAAAAAGCUCCCACUAGCCCUAAUAGACAAUAUAGUUUUAUGGAAUAAAUAAUAUUCAAAUCAAAAUUUUGUUGAAUUAUUU